AGUGCUCUCGGCUCGGGGCGACCUGCGAAGCCGAGCCCCACGUCCGUGGCGGGUGUGUCCGGAGGUAGCCAUGGGCUUCGGUGGCUGGGGCAAAGGCGACUGGGGCAAAGGCGACAAAGGCGGCAAAGGAGGAUGGUCUCCAUGGCAGCCGAUGUUCAUGAAGUGGGGCAUGAAGGGCAAAGGCUGGGGGAAGGGCAGCAAAGGCCUGAAGGUGGAUCCAGCCUUGAAAUGUUGGAUCGGCAACCUGCCUGAGGGCACCUCAUGGAAAGCCUUACAGGAGCAUAUGAAUCAGGCAGGCAAGACCACGUGGGUGGAGUGCUUCAGUGGUAAAGGUGCCGGCACUGGAGGCGUCUCCUACGCCACCGCCGAAGAGGCGGCGAAUGCCAUCACCAUGCUCAACGGGAGCUUGUUGAAUGGCCAAGCGAUCAUGGUUGACGUAUGGGUGAAGCAGUCUGAUGCACCAGCCUCCUAGA